AUGCCCCCGACACAGCCGCCGCCCUUGGACACCGAGGACGGCGGCCUGCGCACCUCGCACACGCCAUCCCCGACCCUCGGCCUCCUGGCCAACACCUUCGCCCCCAAGCUCCCCAGCACCGUCUACGCCGACGCCGACGCCGACGACGGACGACGCCACGCCGCUCCGUCGACGUGGCCCGAGUCCGAGUACCAGCCGGCCUCGUCGACGCCUCGCGACGCCUCGCCCUCGUCCCUGCUCUCGCCCUCGCCCUCGCCUUUGAUAUCACCGCCACCUCCGCCGCCCGAGGCCGCGCCCGUCCACCCGAUACCCUUGCUGCAGGAUGCCUUCAGGGAGUCCCUCGACGAGGCCACCGAGGGCACCGACGUCGAGAAGCCGAGGCUUCAGGAUCUCGAUGCCGAGUCCAGGUGGGAGGCGCUGCUCGCCCAGGACAAGGACGCGUCGCCCUUUGGCAGCACCUGGCGGUACCGACCCGGCCAGCAGCAGCACGAGCUCCUGAAGCUGCUCGCGCAAAUCUCCUUUGGCGUCUACCUCCUCAUCAACGGCAUGGCCAGCAGCAACGACCAGGUCUUCAGCAUCCUCCAGAGCCACAUCGACGAGGUCGACCAGUUCCUCGAGGUGGCCCUCCAGGACUUGGACCAGACCGUCUACGACCUCAGCGUGCGCGCCGAGCACCUCGAGCUUCCGCUGUCCAACGGCCAGGCCUUUGAGGAGCUGCUCGAGGACCGCAACUUUCGCUGCGAGAUUCUCGACGGAAACGAAAAGAUCGACCACGUCGUCGCCCGCACCAACGCCGCCCUGAAGCAGUGGGACGAGGACAUCGAGAUGGGCCUGCGCUCGGCCGCCGCCUUCACCAGCUGGCUCGACGACGAGAGCGCCGCGAGCCCGAGGCCCGACCUCGCCGACGUCUUCGACGCCAUGAAGGGCAACGCCAAGGGUUGGCUCGAAACCUUUGACGACAUGAACGAGCGCUCGCAGGAGGUCAUCAACCUCAACAUCCACCUGACCACCAUCGUCGCCGAGAUGGAGAAGAAGGCCGGCGAAGUCAGCCGAAGGACGUGGGUGAGUCUCGCCGGGAGGGUGCCGUGCCGAACCGUGCGUCAUGCCCAGGAAGCUGAUCGGCCGCCGCAGUCCUCCAUCCCUCCCUUCACCGUCCCUCUUAACCUCGCCCGCGGCUCCCAGGAUAGCGGCCACCCCCGGUCGACGGCCUCGGGCUCUUCCUCGCAAUCGGGCGGGAGGGAUGCCGCGCGUCAAUCCUUCAGCGUCUACAGUCCGUCGGGCACGAGGCCAGGAACCAUGUACACCGUCAACGGCGACAACAUGGAGUUCCCUGUGCCCGGCGGGCUGCCUCCCGUUCUGCCCCUCGCCUUGGUGAACAAUCCCGGCGGCCCCAAGUCGAGCGCGCGAUCGCCCGAGGCCAUGCCGGCCGUGGGGGAUGCCAACUAUGUGGCCGAUCGGCUCAGCGCCACGAGCGGCGAGCCGCUCUAUGUCCUGCAGCCUCAUACCUACACGCCGAGGCACCCGGAGCCGCCGGCCCUGUCUCCCAUGCUCGAGGAGCCGCCGAUGGUACUGCCGAGCCACGACAUGCGACCCUACACGUCGGCGUCGGGUGGCAUGACGGAGAGUUCGUGGGACGACCGGGAGCGGGGGGACGGGUCCUUGCGCAAGCGGGCGACUCUCCGAAAGAACAUUCCCGACUCGAUCCGCAUCCCGCCGAGGGCGACAAACGACACCAUCAUGCACGGAGCGGUGCACGCGCAGCACGCGACGCCCCGGACCACAUCCUCGCAGGCCUUCGACGCCGCCUACGGAUCCGACGCCGACUUUGGCCCUCGUCGUCAGCCCUCCAAGGCGAAUUCCAGCUCGAGCCAGCGCUCGCAAGCCUUGCCCUCGCCCCGCUCCGACCACCACCAGUACUACCAACCCGUCCACGCCUCGCCAUACUCGCCGCUCCAGCAGCGACCUCACACCGCCGCCGGUCCGCGCCCGCCUCAGUUCCGCUCGGCCUACUCGUACAACCACCCCCAGCCGCAAGGCGACCCGGGCAGGGCCGGCGGCGUCAGCUCCGCCACGUACGACAGCCACUCCGUCCCCAUGUCGGCGCGAUCGCAGAGCGGCGAUGGUGACGGGCGGGGCAAGAAGAAGAAGGGCGCCUUUGGCUGGAUCAAGAAAGCCUUCAGCCUCGACGAGGAUGAGAAGGCCGCCUUCGAGGCGCGGAAGACGAUGGUCCAGCAGGAUGCCUAUUACGAAGCCAACACGCCCAAGUUCCUCGACGGCAAGCGGAUCCGUGGAUGA